AUGAGCGGCACCACACGCAGCGGGCUGGUGCCUACGCCGAAGCGGCAUAUCAAAUAUGUGAGAAAGAGGAAAAAUCACCAUGGCGACGAUUCGCGUAUGCCGUUGAAAUUCGAGGCACAGCCGAUGCCACUAUCGCUGCGUCCGUUUGGUGGGCUAUUCAAUCCAUUCGCCAAGGGCUGUUCCGUGCUCUGCAACCACCCGGCGCCGCCGGCUGUGAAGGAUGUCAUCAACCAGCUGAAAACAUCGCUGGCCAUUGAAGGCAAGUGCGUGACGCACGCGGCCAAGGAGAAGCCACUGGAGCAGCAAUUGCAGCCACAUGAAGCGGACAAUAUACCCGAGGAUUUGUUUCGGCGCUAUGCUGAAACCGAUUCCCGGCCAAUGACGCCGACACCAACAGUGACCAGCAUCCACACGCGCACCAGUGCCGGCUCAUUCUAUCGGCGCUGCAUCACGCCGGAGUGGGGCAAGCACGAGAACAUUCAGCGCAAGAAGAUCAUAUUGGAUCUGCGGCGCACGCACUCGCAGGAGACGCUCUACUGGAAGCCCAGCUCGGAGCUGACACAAAGUGGCAUCGAGGAGGGCAAGAAGCCAAAGAGCGCGGGUGCCAACGAGGACAAGAAGCCACGCCACCAGCAGUCCAAUGAGCAAAGACCUAAAUCUUCGCUAGCUACGGCGACCCUCUCGCCUGGAGAUGAUGAGCAUGCGGAGAUGGAACCGAAGCCACACAAGAUUUGCAUCAACGAGCACGACAUGAGCGACGACGACGCGCGACGGGGCAAGAAACGUAAAAGGCUAAAGCCAACGCCGGCUACCACAACAUUUCACCUAAGCGAGGAUCCAGAGACUCAGGUGGCUGCAUUGGGACCCGAUUCACUGAAUGCCAGCACCAGACCCAGCUUGAUACCCAACACGGCUGGCCUACUGCCCAAGGAUCGGCGCGAGGUGGAGCGGGAGCCCAUUUUGCUCAAAGGCAGCUUCCUAACCGAUGAGGCGUUCCAGGCACUUAAGACAGAUCUAACAGUAGAUCUAAUAGAGAACACCUUUGGCAGAUAUCUUAAUCGCGCACUGCGCGAGGCCAUUAAAUACAUACCCAAACCAGUGCAUAAGGCAGUCGAAGAAGUAGACAAAACUGUUGGUACGAAUUCGAAAAUGCCACGGAAAUUCUCCAAAUCCGCCACGCGUUUCGAUGUCCCCAUGGACUUGGCCAUGCUAAAGAACAUGACUCCAUGGGACUACCUCAGCAAGUACGUUUGGGUCUCGCAGCAACGCAAACAACUCUAUAAGCGCGUUUUCCUCAAAUAUUUAAACCGUUGCGAAGAACCGGAAGCGGAAACGGAUGAUGCGACUCUCAUCGAGUACAAAGAGCGCACAAUGGUCUGGCGUAGUCUGCCGCAGGCCCUGGAGGAUGUUUUAGAGUUUCAUGGCAAUGAGAAAAAUGUACAAAAUACACUUCAUCAUUUGGACUAUAAGCAGGAUGGCAACGGAAUUUUGGAUUUUCGCGCCUGGUGCGGCAUAGUCUCCUUUGCCGAGCGUUUGACACUAUCGGAUCCUGACUGCAGUGAUGAUGAUUCAUGCGAUGAAUUGGAAAAGGCCGACUUCAAUAGCAUGGAGCAGAUAAUUGACCAGUUUGAAGUGCCCGAUAAGCUGCAGAAAAUCUUUAAUAUAAUUCGUAUCACACACAAAAUAAAGCAUUAACUUUUGAAAUUUUCGCACCAACU